AUGGAAGGACGACUGAAAGACAAGUACGCAAUUGUUGGCGUCGGAGAGACGGAGUAUAGCCGGGCGUCGGGGCGCAGCACGCGAGCGCUGGGCGUGGAGGCUAUACGCAACGCGAUCUAUGACGCGGGGCUGACGCCGCAGGAUGUGGACGGGAUGCUGAGCUAUCACGGGGGCGAUUCGACGCCUUCGACGACGAUGAUGUACGACCUGGGGAUGCGGCUGAACUUUUACAUGGACUGCUCCGGCGGCGGUUCGAGCACUGAGGCGCUCAUCGGGCUUGCCAUCGGCUCUAUCGAAGCAGGUAUGUGCGAUACCGUGGCGAUAUUCCGCGCGAUGAACGGGUAUUCGCAGGUGCGGAUCGGCGGCACGGGCGCGCGCGCGGCUGCGCCUAUUGGCGGAUCGGACCUGCUGAGGCGCACAUACGGAGUGGCGAGCGCGGUGCAGAGCUUCGCGUUCACAUUCACGCGGCACAUGAUGGAGUACGGCGUUACGGGCGAAGACCUGGCGAACAUCAAGGUUACGCACAGCAACCACGCGAGCAAUAACCCUAAGGCGCUGAUGAAGCAACGCGUUACGGUGGACGACGUGGUGAACUCGCGCUGGAUCGUGAAGCCGUGUGCGCACCUGCUGGACUGUUGCCUUGAGACGGACAACGCGACAUGCAUCAUCGUUACAUCGGCGGAGCGGGCGAAGGACCUGCAGCACCCACCGGCGUACAUCAUGGCUGUGCAGGGUAGAGGCGUGAAGCCGGGCGGUGAUUUCCACUACCAUAUCGCGGUCUGGCGCUCGAACAUAUCGGAGCUUGACAGCGAGUACAAGGGCUAUUUCGAUGGGGCGAUGGAGCAUAAGCUGGUCGUGAAGAAGUGCGGCGCGGAGGGUUGCGGGCUGCUGCGUGGCGAGCCGGGCGCGGCGUGCCCGUGGUGCGCGUCGCUGGACUGGGAAUGGCAAGAAGUUAGCGGCAAGGGGACGAUUUACAGCUACCAGGUCAUCAUGCACGCGAUUAUGCCCGCGUUCCGCGACUGGGUGCCGUACACGGUGGUGCUGGUUGAGCUUGACGAGCAGAGCGGCGAGCCGAACCCGGGGAAUGGGCUGCGAAUUACGGCGAACCUGCUUAAUGACAGCAUGGUGCCGGAGGACCCGGAGAAUGUGGGCAUAGGCAAGCGGGUGGAAGUGGUGUUCCUGGACACGGAGGACGGCUUUUCGGUGCCGCAUUUCAAGCUGUCGGACGAGGCGCCGAGGGGCGAGGUCUGGCGGUAUCCGGUGUGA